GCCACACUGCGUGGCCGUGUAACCUGUAAGAACAUAUCAGCAGGCCUUUCCAGCAACUUCUGCAAGCCAUAACAAAUGUCACAACAAGCAGGAAGGAGCUGGGGGAUACAAGUAAAGGUUUGGGGGGCUGCCUGUUGCCUGUCAUUGCGCUGAAGUGUACUCUGCAUCUGUGUAUAUGUCACACACACAGCAGGCACCACAGGCACACACAUAUAUACCCACACACACAACACACACUAACACUCUGACGUCUUCUGUGCAUUUCCUGCAUUACAAGGAGAGGGGAGGAGAGGUGGGGGUGUUGCUAAUCAUCAUCAUCAUCAGCAGCAGCAGCAGCAGCACCAGCCUCCUUCUUCCAGCACCGGGGAAUCUGGCUCCUGCAGCCGGCCCAGCCCAGGCUCCUGUCUGUUGCAUGGAAGCAGCGGCAGCGGCGGCGCCCCCGGGGAUGUCCUCCUUCUCCUCCUCCUGAUGAUGCAGCAGCAGCAGCAGCGGGUGUGAGCGGCCCCCGGGCGUUGUGCGCGGACGCAGAGGAGGACUCGGGGCACAUCUGCAGCACGGAUGCUCUGCGGCGGAGGCUGAGAGGACAGCAGCAGGCAGCCCGCAAGCGGCCGGCUCCGGGGCUAUUACAUGCGGAUCCCCUCCCCCAGUGUCCCCAGCCGUCACACAGCCCCGGAGAGAGCGCUGAUCGGCGCUGAGGAGACGGCGCAUCGCCAGCCAUGGUCGUGUUCAAUGGGCUGCUGAAGAUCCGGAUCUGCGAGGCGGUGAACCUGAAGCCCACGGCGUGGUCCCUGCGGCAUGCGGUGGGUCCCCGGCCCCAGACCUUCCUGCUGGACCCCUACAUCGCCGUCAAUGUGGAUGACUCCCGGAUAGGGCAGACCGCCACCAAGGCGAAGACCAACAGCCCAGCCUGGCACGACGACUUCUCCACGGACGUCUGCAAUGGCAGGAAGAUCGAGCUGGCCGUCUUCCACGAUGCCCCCAUCGGCUACGAUGAUUUUGUGGCCAACUGCACCAUCCAGUUCGAGGAGCUGCUGCAGAACGGGAGCCGGCACUUCGAGGACUGGAUCGACUUGGAACCGGAAGGAAGAGUGUAUGUAGUGAUAGAUCUUUCUGGCUCUUCCGGUGAAGCUCCCAAAGAAAAUGAAGAACGAGUAUUCAGGGAGCGAGUGGGUCCCAGAAAGCGUCAGGGAGCGGUGCGACGUAGGGUUCACCAAGUCAAUGGACACAAGUUUAUGGCAACUUAUCUUAGGCAACCAACGUAUUGUUCGCACUGCCGAGAUUUUAUAUGGGGCGUAAUAGGGAAACAGGGUUACCAAUGUCAAGUUUGCACUUGCGUAGUUCACAAGAGAUGCCACGAACUUAUAAUAACGAAGUGUGCCGGCCUAAAGAAACAGGAAACUCCUGAUGAGGUCGGCUCGCAGCGUUUUAGUGUCAAUAUGCCUCACAAGUUCGGCAUCCACAACUACAAAGUUCCCACAUUCUGUGAUCACUGUGGUUCAUUAUUAUGGGGUCUCAUGAGGCAGGGUUUACAAUGCAAAGUCUGUAAAAUGAACGUACAUCGGCGCUGUGAAUCUAAUGUAGCACCAAACUGUGGAGUGGAUUCUCGGGGUAUAGCUAAAGUAUUAGCAGAUCUGGGAGUAACGCCGGAUAAAAUCACAGCCGCAGGCCAGAGAAGGAAAAAGUUAAAUGCAGGUGCAGAGACACAGCCGCCGGUUCCUGGGGGUCCAUUAGUAGAAGAUGAUAGGUCAAAAUCUGCACCCACAUCUCCUUGUGAUCAGGAAAUUAAGGAGCUAGAAAACAACAUCCGGAAAGCAUUGUCUUUUGACAACCGGGGAGAAGAGCACAAAGCAGCAGCAUCCGCUGCAACAGACAGUCAGGUGAUAAUAUUGGGGGAGAACGGAGAAAACGGGGAGAUCAAACUUCACCAGGCAAAGAGGAUAGGCCUGGAGGACUUCAACUUCAUCAAAGUAUUAGGGAAAGGCAGUUUUGGAAAGGUCAUGCUUGCCGAGUAUAAAGGAAAAGAUGAAGUAUAUGCUGUGAAGGUCCUGAAGAAGGAUGUCAUUCUACAAGACGAUGAUGUGGAUUGCACUAUGACAGAGAAAAGGAUUUUAGCUCUAGCAAGAAAACAUCCAUAUUUAACACAACUGUACUGCUGCUUUCAGACUAAGGACCGCCUUUUUUUCGUCAUGGAGUACGUAAACGGAGGGGACUUGAUGUUCCAGAUCCAGCGUUCACGUAAAUUUGAUGAGCCCCGUUCCCGAUUUUACGCUGCAGAAGUGACCUCCGCUCUCAUGUUUCUUCAUCAGCAUGGCGUCAUAUACAGGGAUCUUAAACUGGACAAUAUACUCUUGGACGCAGAAGGCCAUUGUAAAUUGGCUGACUUUGGGAUGUGUAAAGAGGGGAUUCUAAAUGGCGUUACUACGACAACUUUUUGUGGUACACCGGACUACAUCGCUCCUGAGAUUUUACAGGAAUUAGAAUACGGGCCCUCUGUGGAUUGGUGGGCACUAGGUGUCCUGAUGUACGAGAUGAUGGCUGGGCAACCUCCAUUUGAAGCUGACAAUGAAGACGACCUCUUUGAAUCCAUACUUCACGAUGACGUCCUGUACCCAGUGUGGUUGAGUAAAGAAGCCGUCAGCAUUUUGAAAUCAUUCAUGACAAAGAACCCAAACAAGCGCUUAGGCUGCGUGCCAUCCCAGGGGCUAGAAGAGGCCAUUAAGCAGCACCCGUUUUUCAAGGAAAUCGACUGGGUACUUCUAGAGCAAAGGAAAAUCAAACCUCCAUUUAAACCCCGAAUUAAAACCAAACGUGACGUAAAUAAUUUCGACCAGGAUUUCACAAGAGAAGAACCUGUUCUGACACUGGUGGAUGAAGCCAUAGUGAAACAAAUUAAUCAGGGUGAAUUUGAAGGGUUCUCCUAUUUCGGAGAGGAGCCCCUGGCCUGAAGUAAAGGCACUUAGUGAUUGCGCCCUGACGCAGUAGUCCUAUGGCGACAAAACACGUGACUGAGAUUCAGCAGAUCAAUACAAACUUGUUUAAUUAUGAGCCUGCUACUUGUAUAAAGAUACUAUUUAUUGUUGCUGUUUAUUAAUUUGUUUUUGGGUUUUUUAACCGAAGGCACUCUAUUUUCAGUUUUACAGAGCAAUGCAAAAUAGUGUUUUGUUUCUGAAACCAAUAGUUAUAACAUUCUGCCUGGUCGGUGGCCACAAAAAAUACUAGGCAAUCUUUUUAAAUGACAGAAAAUGUAACGAUAGGAAAACAGAUCAGGGUUGACAAAGAAGUCUGAAUGUUUUAAUUUUUUUUUUUUUUAUCCCUUCAACCCCUGAGAAAAUUAGGAGGCCCCAUAGAGAGCUGGAUUCAUGCAUAGUGCACAUGGGUAGAGGUUGGCCUAAACUCUGCAGAUCAGAGACACCUUUACAAUUCCAGUUACAUUUUAAGAUUUCCCGAUAUUUGAUAAGGAUCCGCAAACACACUGCCUCAAUAAAUUUGUUUUCUCCCAUAUGGUGUUGUAAGGCAUCUCCACCUUCUGGAAAAGUCUUUUGAAGACUGUAACACUCCCCUUUUCCAUGGGCCUCGGACAAUUGGACAUCCAUGUGAAAGUGGGACUUUGAAAUGGAACCUGAUUUGUCUUUAUGGGGUAUAUUCAAUUAGUGGCAAAUUUUCUGACAGUCAGAAAAUCGGCACUAAUUUGACCUGUGUGUAUUCAACAGUGGGCGUUUUCACCCGUUUUUGAAUCCAUUUUCGUCCAUGCCUUUUCAUUUAAUUUUGUUUUGUGACGAAUCGGCAUGGGCGAAAACGAAGCCAAAAACUGUCAAACGCCAGCAAAUUCUUCCGUUCGGAUUUUUUGACCAGUCAAAAAAAACGGCACGGGCAUUGAAUAGGUCAAAUGUAAAUUCGACUUAAAAACGAUUGGUCGAAAAAAACGUCACUAAUUGAAUAGCCCCCUUAUAUCACAAAAAUAACUCACCAACAUUAGGCUGGGAGAAAGAAGAGCAAGCUGCUCAGAUCGUUCCACUGUGCCCUGCUCUACGUUAUCAGAUUUUCUUUGGAGUCUUCAUUUUCCCGGUGGAGACGUUGGCCCAGACAAAUAUGGGCCAGAAAAACGAUGGGAUGCAUGUUUAAAGGGAAGCAUCUAAUGGUGGAAAUGUCCUAUAAUCUCACAUAGCCCAAUCAGUGGCAUGACCUCCAGACCUUACAGCUUCGGGCCAUUAUUUUUAGGCAGCUUUUUAAGGGCUAAAGUAUUUUAGCAGUAGAGAAGAUGGUGUUGACAAAUUUUAGAAUUGUCUUUUUUGUUAAAUGAGACCAUUUGGAUGAAUGACAUUCUCUAACUCCUGUAAUACAGGGUUUUUAAUGUCUGUAAAAUAAUGCAAUCCUAUUUCAGAAUGAUCAAGUGUUCUUUUUAUUUUGAGGAUAGAAUAUGAUUGUUAGUGACCCAACCACUGCUGUUUCCCUUGUCAAAACUUAAAGGGCUGCAGUGUUAGAGCAAAGCUUAGGCUCCGUUCUGGCCAGCAGAUCAUGCUGGGAACUUGUAUAUAUAAAUCAACUGGAGAGCUGCCUAGACCUGCUAUAGAGUGCGCAAGAAAAUUCUUGGUCUGUGUUGUAUAUGAUGGUGAUCUAAGCUUUAAGCAUUAUAUAAAACCAUGACCCUAAACUUAAGGGCUCAUUCACAUAACUCCUCUGGGAAAAUAGAUAAAAAGGCAAGAAGACAAAUGUGCGCUUAAUCAUGCAAUUUUACAGUGUGUUCCACGCACGUUUCAUGCCUACACCAAUUAUAGUGGUAGUGCACAAUAACAUGAGCAAUUGUCUGUACGGCAGUCUAAAAUGUUAAACUGUGUGAUAAAAUGUGGUAAUGGCACUAUUGACUUAUAGUAGUCCCAAAUUUUUCUUGACAUGUGAAAUUGUGCCCUAUAGCGAAUAAUUGUGAAUGAGCCCUGAAAGCAUUUUACUGCACUCGUGUGACUCUUGCACACUUGAAAUAAACUCUAGCACUACUGUGUUGUUUUUUUUCCUUCGAUUUGUCUAUCACAAUGUGAUGUGCAGAAUGGAAUAGAAAAAUCUGAGAUAUGACACUUAAGGAAAAGUGCGUAGAUGAUCAAAAAUUAAUACUGACAUUCUUAAGAACUGUACAUUGUUUCCGUUUAUUUUGUGUAUAAAUUUGAAGAACGGUGACUGUGGCAAAUGAUCUUGUUGUAGAUGUGCUACCAGUGUUACGUAUGUUUUUAUUUGCAGAAGUAUUUGUGUAUACUUGUAUUGCAUUUUCCGAUGUAUUUUACUGGACUGAUUUUUAAGCAGUUUAAAGGAUUCAUUUUAUGUGAUCUGAAUCUCCUGCUUCUUGAAAAAAAAAUAUAUACAAAAAUACUUGUGAGUGGCACUAAAAGAGGUUUAUUUGCCUUUUUGUACAGGUGAGAUUUUGUAAAUAGUGUUUGCUGCAAAAAGCCUGUGGAGUCUUAUUCAUUAUAAAGGUAUCAACUGCUGCAUGUAACAGAAAAUUAUAAAAUGCUAGUCCAUAAAAAAAUAUAUAUAUAAUAAGGUCAAUGUGCAAUACUCUGUAUGUGUAUUGGUUCAUGUUUCUGUGAGAGAUUAUUUUUUUAUUAUUAAUAUUAUUAUUAUUGGUUUGUUUUAAAAGAUGUAAACAUAUGUUAUGCUAUACUAGAUCUAUUGUAUAGUAUUUCAGAAAUUUGUAACAAAGAAUAGGAAGGAAUACUGGCUUGAAGCAAUUGUGCUAUCACACUGCAGCAUUUUCAUUUUCCGUAAUUUUUUUUGUUUCUUUUAGGCUUUUUUUGAUCAUUUAUCAUUCUCUGCAAUAUAUACGACUACCUAAUUUUUCAGCAUUUUACUGUUAGAUCAGAGAUUGUGAUAUCCCUUUGGCUGUUCAUUGGCGUAUUGGGGGUCAGUCAGCUGUGGUUGCAUUUGCUGCGUCCGUAGCAAAGUACCGAUUAUCUGUACUUUGCACAUGUGCAGGACCCGUGCUGCGCAUGCGCAAAUGGGUCCUGUGACGAUGGACGCAGGACGGCAUCAGACUGUCAGUGAUUGACAGUCUGUUACUGUUUUAGGGUGGGGAGCGGGCGGUGACAGCCUCCAUUUCUCCAAAUUUUGCUGGUUAUGCAGGGGACGGAAGAGACCACGAUCUCCGUCACAGGACGAUUUCCUAGCCUCUAGGUAGCAGCUGCGGCGACCAGCUUGGGUGAUCCCAUGUGUCAUGCAGCCGGCUUAUGGUAUUGGAGAUGAUACUGCAUCCUUGGGCACAGUACGGAUCAGUAAAGCUGCAUUACCAUAUUAGUGCUAUCACUGCAAUGAUGGCAAAUCCAACCACAUCUGAAUGACCCUCAUUAUCAGGUUUAAUCUCAGUGGAGGUCUGCAGUGGCAAUGUUGGAGAUGAGAUAGAAAGAACACGUAGGCCGCUCCCAUUAACAGUCUGCUUACCCCCUUUAAUAAAUUGUUUCACCUCUCCAUUUAGUUUAAGAUGUUAGUUAAACAAAAUAAAUGAAUACAUUUUUUACUUUGAUACACUUAAAAAAAAAAAAUGAUCACUUAAUUAUUACUAACCUGUGGUCAAUAAAUAUGUUGAAAUCCCUUGAGUAAAGGUCUAUAACAAUUAAAUUGGCCAUUCGUAGAUUACUCCUGACCUCUGAGCGGUUGAAUCAACAUCAGAUUUGGCCAUAGACAAACAUACAGGUGUAUGGCCAAAUGUGAAGGGACACUAUUCGAGUGUUUGGCUAGAGAGCUUUACUGAUCGACAAUCUGGGGGGACACCAAUAAAAUGUUUUUGAGAUUUGUUGCCUCUUUAGGCCUAUGCACAUUGCAAAUUGUGAUCAGUUGUGUCUAAAGUAGACUAAUUGGGGUUCAAAAUUGCAGUUCACUUGGACACCUUAAAAGACGCUUUCUCAAAAACUCAUGUGAACAGAAAAACACUGGAAUUAUUAUUAUUAUUGUUAUUAAUUUUUUUUCCGCUUUCAUUCAUGUUGCAGAAAAAUCUAGGGUUGCAUUUAUGAAAACAUAGAGAGAUAUAAAGUGCAGAGGAAUAAAGCGCUAACCAGUCAACUUCUAACUCUCAUUUUACUGGCAGUGUUUGAAAAAUAGACAGCAGCUGAUUGGUUAUUUCUCUCCACUUUAUCUCUCUCCAUGCUUUGAUAAAUACCCGCCAUAGGAGUCAUCAAGUUGGGAGAUCUUUUUAGCCUACUUAAUGCAUUUCAGGAUCUAAUGAAAUUGUCUUAUUUGCCUUCCCUUCCACUGACCCUGGUAAUAUCACCAAGUCCAGAGUCUUGAGCCAGGAAAUAAAAUUUCAGUUAAUAUAGGGGUCAGGUUAGAUGUAAACACAAAUAACUAAAUGUUAAUUAGGAAGCUUUAUUACUGCAUAUAAAUGGUACAAUUUUACAGGUUUACUAGAAGUAUUUGCUAGCACUGCUGCUAUUAGGUUAGGACAUUGGUAUCUACGCGCCACUUUCCUUGUCAUCUAUGAGAUGAGCCCUUUGUCAGUUUUGUGUCUGGCUGCUCACAGCCUGUAUUAAAGGCAACAAAAUACAAACUACAGUUCCAUUUUGUCUUUUUUCUGGUUAGUUUUUGUAUUUUUUUGUUUUUUUUCCUAUAAACUCAGGUGUAAUUAUAUAUUGUUACAAUGAUUUUAAAAUACUGAAUAUUAUUCUAAGUAUAUUAACGCAUAGAUGAGUUGAGGCUCAUUUAUAUUUGGUCAGAAAAAAUAGAUUAUUUUAAAUUCUCAAACAUUAUGGACUCGGAAAUGUAAAAAAAAAUUACACGUGUUUCUGGAAUUGAAUUUUUGCACAGAAACCGCUUUUAAAUUAUAUCAUCUCAUUUGUAGGGGCAAAAGGAUCAUUUUAAAAUAAUAAGUCACAGCGUGUCCAUAUUGACUCUGUGUUCUUUCAGCUAAGGUCAGUGCUGUACUUCCAGGCAAAUAACUGAUAACAAUGCUGUGUGCCCUUUCCUAUAGCUAAGACUGGCUCAAAAAUAAGUAUUUGCAUGUAAUAAUUCUGGAAUUUGGGCAUAAUGUGGGGAUAAUAGGAUAGUUAAUUUUUAUUGGACAUACAGUAUAAGCUUCUAUAUCCAAGCUUUUAUAUUCCCUGCACAUAACAUUUAUUACUUGGACGAGCUAACCUUAACCGGCAUCCACUUAUUAAGGAACAUUUUAAUCUACAGCAGAAUGAAAUGUAUUGUUUAGGUGGAUGAUACAUUAAUUUAUAAAAUUUGAUUCUCAAAAGGGUUUACACACGAUAGUCUGUUACUAAUUUCAUAAACUCCCUUAUGGCCAGUGUGUUUAUAUAUAUAUAUAUAUAUAUAUAUCUAUAUCUAUGAUUAUUUAUUUAAUGGAUGCGCUGUUACACUUUUAAAUUUACAAUUUUCUUUUUCUUUUUUUCCCCUGAUAUGUAUUUUUCUGUUUGCGUAAACUGCCAAAAGAGGUCCAAAAAAAAAAAAAGAAGAUAAUUGUUGUCUUGCUUUAUCCCAUUGCAUUCCUCACAAGAUGUUUCUGAUGGAACCCAUAUCCUGAUAAAUCAGGAUCUUUCCAAACAUUACAAAAAAAAGGAAAAAGCUGAAAAUUACCUCUAAUAAUUUAUGUGCAAAUAGUUCUGGCUACAUUUAAAUAUAUAAAUAUAAAACGUAUUUUGUUUUUGUAUUGUGAUGCUUUAUUUGUACAGAACACUUUUUUUAUCGAUGUUUUAAAUCUAUUGCCAUUCAUUUGUGUUACUUCAUCCUAAACAUUAUUACUGUGCCAAAUGUACUGUACUCAAGAGGAUGUGAAUGUGUAUUUGUUUCCCAACCCAAUAAAUCCAACAAUAUCAAA